AUGAGAAUUAAGGAAAAAUUCUUCAACAUCAGCUUAAUAUGUGUUCAUGCACCCACAAAUGAAUCUGACGAACAUAUUAAGGAUCAGUUCUAUGAGAGGCUUGAAAAUGUAUAUAAGAAUACUCCUGAGCAUGACGUGAAACUGAUACUGGGCGAUUUCAAUGCCAAACUUGGGAAAGAAGCUUGCCACAGACCAACUAUUGGUCCUUACAGCCUACACGAUGAGAGCAAUGAAAAUGGCCUAAGAAUGAUUGACUUUGCAGGCGGUAAUAACAUGACUAUCAGUAGUACAUAUUUUAAACAUAAAGACAUCCACAAAAUGACUUGGGCAUCACCAGAUGGUACAACAAAGAACCAGAUAGAUCAUGUUAUGAUAGACAGGCGCCAUGGCUCUGAUAUCCUGGAUGUGAGAAGUCUUCGUGGGGCUGACUGUGACACAGAUCACUUCAUGAUCAGAUUAAGAUAUAGGCAAAGAAUUAAUAAUGCUGGAUUGUCCAAGGGUAAAAAACAACUGAGGUUUGACUGUGAGAAGCUGAUGAAAAACCAGAAUAUAAAGAGAAGUUAUCAGCAAAAUCUAGAAGAACGACUGAGGGAACCUCUGAAUACAGAAAACGCAUCAGUAGAAGAAAUUUGGAGAGGCAUUAGAGAAAAUAUUGUGAAGACCGCCCAGGAGACCAUUGGAUAUAAGAAAAGAGAAACCAGAAACGCAUGGAUGGAUGAGGAAUGCUUGCAAGCCCUAGAAGACAGAAACCGAGCAAGAAUGAACAUGCUGAACAGAAAAACAAGAGCAACAACAAACCUAUUCCAAGAAAAAAGAGCGUAUGCCAGACAGCUCUGUCGGAAAAAGAAAAGAGAUUUUGAAAGAAGUAAGUUGGAAGAGAUAAUGGCGUUUGCUGAGGCAAAGAAUGUGAGAAAAAUGUAUAUGAGAAUACGAGAAGGAAAGGCUGGAUUCCAACCAAGAACAAAUUUUUGUACAGAUAGUGAUGGCAAUCUUGUAGGAGGGGAAGAACAAGUCAUUGAGCGGUGGAGAGAAUAUUUCAAUGAAUUGCUUGGAGGAAUAGCUGAGGAGGAUAUACAACUGGAAUGCAAUCAAAUAGGUCCAGAACCAUUCAUUGAAGACCCUCAGAUACAUGAAGUAGAGGAAGCCGUUGAAUCACUGAAAAAUAAUAAGGCCCCAGGGGAAGAUACAAUAACUGCAGAAAUGAUAAAGGCCGGUGGUCCACACCUUCUCAAAGCUUUACAUAGUUUAAUUGUUCAAAUUUGGAGAGAAGAAGAAAUGCCUGAAGAUUGGCGGAUGGCGCAACACACUAGAAAAAACAACAUAAUAGUGUCGGGUGUACCUUUAACUUAUAAAGAGGACAUGUUUGUAGUUACUCAGGCAAUUGCAAAUGUUUUGCGCGUGAACUUCCAUUACGCCGACAUAAAUGCAGCUCACAGACUCCAGAAAACGAAAGGUGACACUAGGCCCCCUUCUAUAGUAAUUUCAUUCACGUCUCGGUGCACUAAAUCUCUAUGGUUAGCAGCGAGAAGACAGAUAGGUUCACUAUCUGCCAGGGACCUGAAUAGUUCGUUUCCAAAUACACCAGUCUAUAUAAACGAGCACUUGACGCCCGAAACAAAAGAAAUAUUUAACGCAUCGAGGCAACUGAUGAAAGAAAGAAUACUGACUUCGGUGUGGACAACGGACUGCAAGGUGAUGGCGAAGAGUGGUGCGGCCCAGCAUCCGUUCAGGGUCCAUGAUAUGAGCCAGGUGAAAAGUCUACGAGAGAAGAAAGCGGGAGAAGCCGCCCCGCCCCGGACCGAAGCAGCCCCUCCGCCGCCACCCACCCGUACCGAGGACAACACUACGUCUACAUAG